AUGGCUCGCCUCCACACGCUGCAUGUCGCGUUGAACGAUUUCGAUCGCUGCUGCUGUGAGGAGGAGCAGGAACAGGAGGACUCCACUUCCUCCAACGGCUCCACCAGCACCACUUUCCCCCAGCUGACACACCUCUUCUUCAGUGACAACCGUCUCGCCAACUGGUCAGCCGUCUGCUGCCUUGGCAGACACUUCCCGGCUCUGCAGUACCUGGUGCUGUUGGGCAAUCCCCUCACCUCCGUCACCAAACCCGAUCCCAACGACCCUAGGACUGUCAAAUGUUUCGAAAAUGUCUCCAGCCUCAAUCUCACCGAGACGGAUAUCGACUCCUGGGACUCGGUCGAUGCUCUCAACCACUGCAUGCCGGCUCUGCUCUCACUGAAGCUAGGCAACGCCCUCCCCCUCUUUAGGGUGAGUCUUGUCUCUUUAGCCCCCAACCCCCUUGUCAGUGAAGGUGUGGUGCUGGUAACGCCGUAG